AUGACUAGGAGUGACAUCGAAAUGAAGCCUGUUGCUUCUGUCGGCAAGGUUGCUUCUGUUGACUCCAGAGAUAAUUAUUUCGAUGGGGUGGAAUCUACCAACUUGACAGGUUGGUCCAAAUUUGUUGAUGGUUUCAAAAGACAAGAAACCACAGGUGACACAGCUGCUGGUAAGCAAAUGGCAAAGGCUAUUUCCAAAAGACAUUUAAUCUUGAUGGCUUUGGUCACAGGUGUGGGUACCGGUUUGUUGGUGGGUUCUGGUUCCAAGUUAAGAAACGCCGGUCCUCUUUUCCUUUUGGUUGGUUAUGCUAUUGUAGGUUCUUUCCUUUAUCCAACUUUACAAGCUGCUGGUGAAAUGGCUGUUAACUAUUCUGAAUUAUCUGGUGGUUAUAACAAUUACCCAAGAAAGUUUGUGGACGAAUCCUUGGCUUUUGCUAUCAGUUGGAACUAUUGUAUUCAAUGGUUAUCUGUUAUUUCCAUUGAAUUGGUCACUGCUUCUAUGACUGUAGCCUUCUGGAAUGAUACUAUCAAUGCCGAUGUUUGGGUGGCUAUUCUUUUCACCGUCAUCGUUGUGAUUAACUUUAUUGGUGCUAAGGGUUAUGGUGAAGGUGAAUUCGUCUUUGGUUGUACCAAGGUUGCCAUGAUUGUGGGGUUCAUCAUUAUGGGUAUUGUUAUUGAUGUUGGUGGAGGUCCUCAGAAAACAUUUAUUGGUGGUAGAUACUGGCGUAAUCCUGGUUACCAUACCAGUUUCAAAGGGUUAUGUACUGUUUUCGUCACCGGUGCCUUCUCUUUAGGUCAAUCUGAAUUUGUGGCCUUGACUGCUGCUGAACAAGAAAACCCCAGAAAGGCCAUUCCAACUGCUUGUAAGUUGAUUGCCUGGAGAAUUAUUGUUUUGUUCUUGGGUUCCUUGACCAUGGUUGGUUUGUUGGUUCCUUAUAACUCUGACAGAUUAAUGGGUUCUGGUGGUAGUGCUACCCAUGCAUCUCCUUAUGUUUUGGCUGCAGAAUUACAUGGUGUUAAAGCAGUUCCUCAUAUCAUCAAUUCAGUCAUCUUAUUGUCUGUUACUUCUGUUGCAUCUUCAUCCUUAUAUUCUGCUUCCAGAACUUUGCAAUCAUUGGCCGAUCAAGGGUUUGCUCCAAGUUGGUUCAACUAUAUCGAUAAACAAGGUAGACCAUUCAGAGCAUUGGUUGUUUCUACCAUUUUCGGUCUCUUUAGUUUUAUUGCUGCUUAUAAGAACCAAGAAGCCGUGUUCAACUGGUUGUUGUCUAUUUCAGGUCUUUCCCAAAUCUUUACUUGGUGGUCUAUUUGUAUAUCUCAUGUUAGAUUUAGAGCUGCUUUGAAAUAUUACAAUAUUUCUUUGGACUCUUUGGGUUAUAGGGCUUCCACUGGUGUCUGGGGCUCUUACUAUGCUAUGAUGUGGCAUGCACUUGUUUUGAUUGCUCAAUUCUGGAUUGCCUUGUGGCCUUACAAGGGUCAAAUGUCAGCUCAAAACUUUUUCCAAAAUUAUGCUGGUGCCAUAGUGUUGAUUGUCUUUUACUUUGGUCACAAGAUCUGGACAAGAAACUGGAAGUUGUUCUUGAGAGUUGAUCAAAUCGAUAUCAACGUGGAUAGAACCAUCUUUGAUGAAGAAAUCUUGGCUAUGGAAAGAGAAGAACAACAAUUGAAGUUUAAGAAUGGUGGAAUCUUUUAUAAGAUUCACCAAGUUCUUUUGGGUUAA